CGAUUUUAUGGGAGGGGAAAGCUCCAUAUUCAAUAUCACAAAAGAGGGGCAUUAUCUACAGAAGCCUGCGUUUUUGUUCUUGACAGUACGUCCAGUAUCCCUCUGAGAGAUUCACAGAAAGGGGAGCGCCCAUCUGAAGGGAAAGAAAAGCAGCAAUGGGACCAUUAUCGCCAGCCCCCUCUGACAACAAGAUGGUUGCCUUUGGGAAACCCAUGCGAAAGCUGUUCCCGCUGCACCCAGAUUGGACGAAUUUAAAUCAUGGCUCCUUCGGAACUUUCCCCCAUGCCGUCCGCGAGGAACGGCAGAGAUUCGAGGACGAGUUGGAUGGCAUACCUGAUACAUUCAUUCGGUAUGCCAGUCCUGGAUACAUCGAUAACUCUCGUGCUGCGUUGGCCAAGUACCUCAACGUGCCCAUGAAUGAAGUGGUCUACGUCAAAAAUGCCACCACCGGGGUGAAUGUCGUUCUGCGGAACUUGGUGUACAAGCCUGGUGAUAUUAUUGUGUAUUUCUCCUGCAUCUAUGGUGCUUGUGAGAAGACGAUUGCGUAUCUGGCGGAGGUAACGCCUCUGAAGGCCAGAAAGAUCAUGCUGGAAUUUCCAUGCACACAUGAUGAUAUCAUUCAAAGAUUUACCGACGUCGUGAGGAAGGCGAGAGCAGAAGGAUUGAAUGUCAGGAUUGCUCUGUUUGAUACCAUCGCCAGCCAGCCAGGCUUGCGGCUCCCGUUUGAAAGGCUGGUGGAAGCCUGUCGCGAAGAGGGUAUACUAUCCUGCAUCGACGGCGCUCACGGGGUUGGACAAAUUCCCUUAGACCUCGCGAAAUUAAACGCAGAUUUCUUCGUGAGUAAUUGCCACAAAUGGCUCUACACCCCCCGUGGGAGCGCCGUCUUCCACGUCCCCGUCCGAAACCAACACCUCAUCCGCACCACCCUCCCCACAUCAUGGGGCUUCCAACCUGCCCCCGAUGUCCUCUCCGACGCUGUCCCACGUUCCUCCAAGCCCAUACGUUUCCCCUCCGUCCUUCCUCCCGGUGGCUCCAAAUCCACCUUCGAACACCUCUUCGAAUACGUCGCCACGAACAACGAUAUUCCCUACUUCUGCAUCCCUGCCGCCCUUAAGUUCCGCCAGGAAGUCUGCGGCGGAGAAGCCCGCAUCAUGGAGUACUGCGAGAACCUAGCCUUCGAAGCGGGGAAUCUCGUGGCCAAAAUUCUCGGCACGGAUAUCCUCUGUGAGCCGGGCGCUGAGAUGCAGACAACCCGCGGUGCCAGUCAGUUCCGUCGCUGCGCCUUAGUUAAUGUGCGUCUGCCUAUUGCUGUAGAUGAUGGUACUGGUGCGCAUCAUGAGGGAAACAAAGGGUACCCUGUCAUUAAGCUGUCUUCCGUCGAGCCGCUGGCGCGAUGGAUCGAAAAGGAACUGACAUAUAAACAUAACACGAUGCUUCCCGUGUUCCAUUUGGGCGCGUGGAUGUGGGCUCGGCUGAGUGCGCAGAUUUACCUUGAGCUAGAGGAUUUCGAAUGGGCGGGAAAUGUCAUGAAGGGUAUCUUGGAGAGAGUUGCGAAGGGAGAAGGGCCGGGGGGAUUGGAGAUCGACUUGGAGAAUUUGAAGAUCAAUUAG